AUGCUCAAAUCAAUUGGAAUUUUGGCUUUUUUGGGUGGAGUUUUGGCACAUGGCCAAGGACAAAUUCAACAUAAUAGAAUUCGAAAUGAUCAAGGUGUAGUAGAUUUGGAGGAAGGUUCUUUGGUGUCAAGAAUUCAAGACACAAAAUCAAAAGGCUGUGAACUUGGACAUAAAAGAAGAAUUGGAAAAGGUAGUUAUUAUGAGGAAUGUUUGCCAAGAUACGAGACAAAUGGAUGUUAUGCUGGUUUUGCGACUCCUCCAGAAUUUGUGGCAAAUGGCGAGACUAUUGAUCGACUUUAUAGUGAGAAACAAGUUGGAUUCCGUUAUAAAUGCGAAAAAACUGCUGAUUAUAUAUAUUUUGCACCAGAGUGUGAGUUUUUCUAUUUAUUUUUGAAAAUAUUUGAGACCAAGUUCACGUGGAUUUUAGCCCCAAAACCAUUCAAAAUGUUUCAAAUUCAAUUUCAGCAUGUUUCGUAAUUCGUGAGGAUGGCAAAAGGGUCCAUAUUCCAAUGGGAAAAAGUGCAAUCGGCCGAAAUAGUCAAAGAGUUCAUUGCAAGAAGAAUAGCGCGGGAGAAUAUUCGUUUGAAUAUGGAGAGAUUGCAAAAGCUGGAGAACCAGAUCUUCAAUAA